CCAAACCAGUACAUAUCCAUCAGAUGUUGAGACAAGCGUUAAGUGGGACUUUUAUGAUUGUUUAGUUUACUUCUCGUUGGACUAAAUAUUUUUGUGCACUACACAGUCGACUAAGUCGCUACAACACCAUGUGUUACUAAUGUAUUACAACUUUAACUGUUUACCGUAAAGACAUAGUUGGCAGUGAGAAAGUUAGCUUCACCUGUUAGCAACGCUAAUGUUCCCAAUGAGUUCCAGGCGGGUUUUAACCUCGAAAAGAGGCAAAUGUAAAGCUUCAGUUUCCCGGAACAAGGAGCACCCAGCUACAAAAGCCAGCAAGGUUCUUGCAGAGAGGAACCAGGCCGUGGUGGCAGUGGGAGCCUGGGUUGAAGAGGGACAAGACUUCGUGGAGCAUCCGUCUGCUCUUGCUUUGCUGACUGAGGAAAUCCAGGCAGAGAAAAGGAGGGCGAGUGAAGAGAGCCUCAGACGAUUUCAGGAUGAAGUACGCCAUCGUGUGGCUCAGCAGGCUCAAAUCAUCAAGAGGAGGGAGCAGCCUCAGGCAUGCUCAGGGCAGUACCAAGUGUGGACCCAGCAUGCAACUGCAGGUGAAAAGCAGAUGCCUGCAGGAGGCACUGUACAACAAAGGGUGAAGGGGAGGAGCUUUCAUGAGUCAGUUGAAGGUAUGAGGCAGGUCCGUCUCAGACUGGCUGCCUGUCGAAUGGACCCGCAAAGGGAAAUUACAUCAGACCUUCCUGGAGGCGAAUGGAACAUCUCUCCCACCAGACAUAGAUCGCACAUGCUCCGAGCAGAUCAGGACGAUGAAGAAAGGGAGGAAGAUGAAUUGGAAGAUGAGGAAGAGGGAGAGGAUUGUAUCUUCACCAGUCAGCACAAAUGUCCCCUUGUUCAGCAGAAGUCAAGUGGAUGGGCAUUAUUGGAUUCUGACAAAUCACAGCCUCAUCCUGGAUUCCAGACCAGCCUCAGAGUCCCACAAGUCUUGUGGCCUCUGCCUGACCAAGAGGAACUGAAGAGACAGCAACAGUCUCAGUUCCUGAUGCACCGCCGUCAGUACAUGAACAUUGAGCGAGAGCGAGUGAAGGAGAACAAACAGCACAGGAAACACCUGAAGAGGACAGCAAGGAUCAAAGCAGAGAAAGAACAGAUCCGUUUGCAGGAAGAGAGAAGAUUAGAGAGGGAUCGGCAGCUUGAAGAGGCCAGACAUAGGAUGGAAGAGAGGGAGCUGCUGAUUCUGGAGCGACUGAGGCUGGAGGAGGAGGAGGAGAGAGCGGUGGAGCUGCAGAGGAGGAGGAGGGAGGAGAAGUGCAAAACAGAUGCAAGGUUCAUUGAAGCUAUGAGAGCUCAGAUGAAAGAGCGACUCUCUCAGACCUCCGUGGACCUCCCUCCUCUCUGCUGCUGUGCGUCCUCCUUCUGGGACUCCCACCCUGACAUCUGUGCUAACAACUGUGUCUUCCACAACAAUCCCAAAGAGUAUGCCAAGGUCUUACAUUCAACAAUGCUGAAUUUGGAUUUACGGUGAAGGAAAGUGAUGGACUGCAGGGGACUGUCAGUUAGAAAUGAGACCCUUGAUGUGUGUUUACAGGAACAGUCCAGUAAUUUGGAAAACACAGUUUGAUCUUUCAAACCCAGAGUCAAAAACAAAACUGAUAGCAGGACGGGGACAUGGAACCCCUUUAAACUGGAAUGCCUCAACAUUAAACAAACUAUCACACCUUAUAUUACAUAGACUGCCAUAACAUUUGCCCAAGCAUUUAAAUGUUCCUAUAUGACAUCGAUAAUUCCUAACCCAGGUUUUCUGUCAUGUUUUGACUUAAUGGAGUGGCUCAUAGAAUUCUGAAGACAUGGAUUGUUUUAAAAAAGAAGUUGUGCAAAAGUUAUACCUUUAAAAAAUCAACAUGUGUGCAUGGUUACUAAGCAUUUUAGCCUGCUGACAUUAACAUUUACCUCAAAGAGCCAUUGUGCCUUUUACAGCUCAGCAGAGCCACUAACAGAGUGCUUUUAAUUUAUUGAAGAUUAAGAAUUUGUAUUGAAGCGUGAUUUUUUUGUGUGAUUAGAAUAAUCAGUUUAUAAUAUUUCACUGUGCAUCAGGGAUGAUUGUACAUGUAAAAACCUAAGAAUGUGCUUUGGAGUAUUGACUUUUUGUUGAGUGGGAUUUUUAUAAAUUGUGUGCAGGUUCUUCAAGACUGUGAAAAUAAUUAAAAACAAAAUGUGAAUUUUUGAUAUAAAGUAGCUAAUAUUUAUAAAAAUUAGGGUUGGGUGUCAAAGUAACUUUUCCUAUUGACAAAUACUGGUGUCCAGAGUUUAAAUUCAUGUGGUGUCAACUUGGAAUCUCAUGUCACUUGAUGUAUAUUUCUUAUAUAGGAGGUCACCAAUUUGUUUAUGCAGCAUUCAAAUGUCAGUACUAAUCUCCAUUGUGUUAACAUUAUCUAUAUUAACAUGAAGUUGCUCAGGUUUGCAUUUUAGAUGCUUAUGCCUGUUUCUUUUCUUUUUUUUUUUUUUUUACUUCAACUCAGCUACAUUUUUUUUCUUUGAAUCAGAGCCUUAGUUAUUACCAACUUUUCAGAACAGUUUUUACUAGGGCUGUCAAACAAUUAAAACAUUUAAUCCUGAUUAAACUCAGCA